AGGAAGGCCUGGCAAAGGGUCUCCAAACCUGUGCUCUCACUGCGGUUUCUGCCUGCUGCCCUGGGCCUGAGGAAGGAGGGCGGUGCCGCUGAGUCACAGCCUGGGCAUCUGGGCCUGGAACCACGGAUCCAAGAUGUCCAGUCCCCUGGAGCAGGCGCUGGCCGUGAUGGUCACCACCUUCCACAAGUACUCUGGCCAAGAGGGCGACAAGUUCAAGCUGAGUAAGGGGGAGAUGAAGGAACUUCUGCACAAGGAGCUGCCCAGCUUUGUGGGGGAGAAGGUGGAUGAGGAGGGGCUGAAGAAGCUGAUGGGCAACCUCGAUGAGAACAGCGACCAGCAGGUGGACUUCCAGGAGUACGCUGUUUUUCUGGCCCUCAUCACUAUCAUGUGCAACGACUUCUUCCAGGGCUGCCCAGAGCGACCCUGAAGAGCCCUCUACUCCCUGCCAUGGAUCUCUUGGGCCCAGGUCUCCCUAUCCCUUUUGGUUUUGUAGUCAAUAAACUUUUUUGUUUGUUGAUAAU